AUGGACGGGGAUUUCCGCAGCAGCAGCUGCGUCACUCCAGCAGCAGAUGUUGUUUGUGCUGUUGCUGAUGCAUCAGCAGCAGCAACAGCAGCAACAGCAACAGCAGCAGCAACAGCAUCAGCAGCAGCAGCAGCAGCAGCAGCAGCAGAACCACCUAGAGACUGCAGCUAUGUGGGGCCCCCCAACGGCUGCGUGCUGUCGUUUGUUCGAAUAAUAAGGUCAGGGAGUCUGGUGGCUAUAAUGGGGCCUUCGGGGUGCGGCAAGACGACUUUAUUAAAUUGUUUGAGCGGCAAGAAGAGAGAUAUCCGAGGAGAUAUAUAUUUAAAUGCAUCGCCUCUGGUGUACAGGCACCUCAAACAAGUCGCUGUAUACGUACCUCAGGAACCAGUGUUUACUGGACAGGAAGUAGUGAGGGAAGUCUUAGAGUUUUGUGCAUCGCUUAAAACAAAUUAUAAUGCAGCUGAGAUUAAACAAAUUGUCGAUGGGGCUCUCAGCUUCUUAGGCCUUGAAAAGGUUGCAAACCAACAAGUGGGUAACGAAAGAGUGCGGGGUAUAAGCGGAGGAGAGAAGAAGCGGCUGAUGGCUGGAGGGGCUCUGAUAUCUCUUUCUCAGCUUUGUUUUGCAGACGAGAUUACUUCAGGUUUGUUUGUUUAUUUAUUUAUUUAUUUAUUUUGA